GAUGCACUGCACAUGAACAGGCCUGACCACUUUAACCUGUCUGACCACGCCUGCUGCUGCAGCCAUGAGAUCCUGUGCAGAGUAGAGAGGAACCCUUCUGCUGUUUGCUGUUUGGGACUGGAUGAGAGAUUUCUUAAAUGGCUGAGGAGGUUUUAAUUCCAUCGUCGGGGAAAAUCACUUCGCACCUGACCGGCUCUCUGUUGGCGGUGGCAUUCCUCACCUCUUUCGGGAGCUCCAUGCUUUAUGGCUACAACCUGGCUGUGGUCAAUUCGCCUGCUGUGUACAUUAAGGACUUCUACAACAAGACAGUGCUGAGACGAAAUGGAACAGGACUCAGUGAGGAGACCCUGACCCUCAUGUACUCUCUCACCGUGUCUGUCUUCGCCAUUGGAGGUCUGCUGGGCUCCCUCAUCGUGGGCAUGCUGGUCAGUCGCUUUGGCAGGAAAGGCACAGUGGUAAACACAACAGUGCUGGUGUUUAUUGCCGGCUCACUCAUGGGCUUCAGCAGGAUUUGUGGUUCACCUGAGAUGGUCAUCUUUGGCCGCUUCAUCACAGGAAUUCACUCAGGCAUCUCUCUCAGUGUUGUACCAAUGUACCUGGGUGAGAUAGCACCUAAGAACCUGCGAGGCUUCCUAGGUCUCGUGCCGAGUAUCUUUAUCGGCACUGGAGUCUUUGCUGCCCAAAUUCUUGGCCUGCAUGAGCUUCUAGGAAAGGAGGAGCACUGGCCCCUCUUUCUUUCCGUGGUGGUGGUGCCCACCUUCAUCCAACUGCUGCUGCUGCCAUGGUUCCCAGAGAGCCCCAGAUACCUGCUGAUUGAGAAACACAACGUCCAUGCCACCAUCACAGCUCUAAAGUGGUACAGAGCAAAGUGUAACAUCCAGGCUGAGAUUGAAGAGAUGCAGGAGGAGCAGCGCUCCUUGUCAUCAGUGGAUACACUGUCAGUGUGGCAACUGUUGCUGGACGACACAGUCCGCUGGCAGAUUCUUAGUGUGGUGGUCAUCAACAUCGGCAUGCAGCUGUCUGGUAUCGAUGCUAUCUGGUUCUAUACCAACAACAUCUUUGAAAAUGCGGGUAUCCCACCUCCAGAGAUCCAAUAUACCACAGCAGGAACAGGAAUCAUUGAGAUCAUCGCUGGACUCAUUGGGUGUUUCACCAUAGAGAAGCUGGGCAGGAGGCCUCUCAUGAUCGGAGGGUUUACCAUGAUGGGCAUCUGCAGUGCUGGAAUCACACUGGCGCUUAUUUUACAGACUCACAUAUCAUUAAUGCGCUAUGUCAGUGUCUGCUGUGUGGUCGGCAUCAUCGCCGGCUUCUGCAUCGGUCCAGCUGGGGUUCCCUUCCUGAUCACAGCAGAGCUGUUUAAACAGUCCCACCGCCCAGCGGCCUACAUCGUGGGUGGAUCACUCAACUGGCUGUCCAACUUUACUGUGGGCUUCGUCUUCCCAUUCUUACAGAUGUCAGCAGGAUCUUACUGCUACUUGGUGUUUGCCACCAUUUGUCUGUCCGUAGCCGUCUAUGUCUACAUCGUGAUCCCAGAGACCAAAAACAAGACAUUCAUGGAGAUCAGCCGAAUGUUCUCGAAGAAGGAGGCAGUCCUAGAGACCCAGGGCCUGAUCCACGUGGACCAGCUGAAGCUGAAGAAGAUGAACGGUUACGGUGGUUUGGAACAUGCAUCUCUGGAGUUCGACAGCUCUUCUUCUGUACCUUAA